AUGAUAGAAAAUAGCAACCACAACAAACCCAACAAGCGAAAACGCUUAUGUCUCAUUACCAUUGGUGUUAUCCUGUUCGUGAACUUCCUACUCUUCCUCAUCGCCCUGAUUCUUGCCCUAACAGUUUUCAAGUCCAAACAGCCGAAAACUGAAAUCCUCACCGCCUCCGUGGAUGGCGUGGCUCCUCGCGUCACCUUCCCCGCUGUUCGGAUCGAACUCAACAUCACCGUCGACCUCACGAUCAACGUCCAGAACCGAAACCACGCAAGCUUCAAGCACGGCGCGGGAAAGGCUUUGCUUCUUUACCGAGGCACACAGGUCGGGGAUGUGGAUUUGUACCCGGGUAACAUUCCGGCGAGGGGCAACGCCACGCUGCCCUGCCGGCUUACUUUGCAGGUGGACCGGGUGGCGAACGACAUAAGCAAAUUGAUCAGUGAUGUGCUGGGGGGUGAGAUUAUGCUCCAAACGAAAACCCGGAUUCCAGGUAGGGUUACGUUCUUGGGGUUCAUCAAGAAGCAUGCUGUCGCUGUAUCGGCGUGCCAGUUGACGAUUGGGUUUCCGAACAUGAAGGUGAAAAAACAAGAUUGCAAGACCAAGGCCAAGUUGUGA